AUAUUCAGUGCAAUGGCCACGUGUUGAUAAAAGCCGUUAAAUAAAAAAAGAAAAUGUGGUAUUGCCAGUGCGUAGUGAACAGUCAGAGUUCUGUAAAUUACUGAUAGUCAGAUGUGCGUUUCCGUUGCGCAUUAUUCAUACAGGAGGAUAAUUUGUAACUUUAUUGUGAGUACUAGAGUUCAUGUUACUCGACAGAUAAGAAUGAAUCCACUCGCUUGGCAGACCACUCAUCUUGCAGGCCUGACUGCUUGAUGCCACAAUAUGAGCAAAGCAUGUGGGUGCUUCUCACCUUGGCUAUUUAUUUUUAGGGUGACCACCAAGUAGGUCUUAUUUCGUUGCAGGAACCGGUCAUGGAGCAGAUAUGGCUUUCUUGUUCCCCAACAUCAUGUUUGGAGAACCGCCAGAGAAGGAUUCCGAGGACGGGAAAAUUGCCAUGAAGAUGACUCACCUGUGGACCAACUUCGCCAAGACUGGGCAACCGACAGAUCCUGAGCUGGACGUCUCGUGGCCGGCGUUCACAGUGGACAACCCCGCCUACCUGUAUGUAGGGCGGCAGGGGUUCAGCGUGGAGCGGCGGCCCUUCGCCGAAAGGGCGGCGUUCUGGGAGGCCCUGUACCAGCGCUACGGCGGCUAGGGACAGCGCACACUGCCCCCACCCUGCGGCGAGCAGCAGUGCCCUCUUCCGACACUCUCAGCUCUCUCCGAAUGUUAUCCACGCCAGUAGAUAGUCAAUGUAACUUCUGGAACACUUUGAGGAUGUAUAUACGCAGUGUGGACGCUUAACACUACUGCACCGUACCCAUCUGAGUUAUCACGCUCUGGCAGUUGUCCAAGGUCAGACAGCCGGCCAGAUCAGUCGGUUACGUACACACACACACACACACACACACAGUGUGAAUCAGCAUAUUCUAAGUGUUGUAACUGAGCAAUGACUGUGAUUAUUUUAUUUCUUCAAAUUAAUCCAGCUGUUGUGUGAAUUGCUGAAUCAGAGCCAUUUUACCAAAGCUUUGUUUCCUUUUUUGCGUACGAGUUUUUCGACAAGAUAUGCCGAUGGAUAUUUGGUUUUCUGUGGCUCUGCAGCGUAGAAAGCUCCAGCUAUGGGCUGAGACUUGUAAUCUUCGAGGAAAUACGUUCUUGUGUUAGUUUCUUGUACCUUACGUAUUCUGAAAAUUUCUGUGGACCAAUUUGCAGUGUGUCCUUUGUCAAACACAGCCUUCUGUUUACUAAUUCUGACAAUCACCAAUUUUGAAUAUCGACCAGUGUGGAUCAAACAUUUUGAUUUUACUGUACACGGUAGAUGGAAGACUCAUCUUUUACGUCCACUGGCCGUCUUUUAAUUGUCCUGUAUUUUGUGUGAUUAUAUUGCUCUACUAAUACGUGUACAGUAUUAACCCAUUUGUAAGAAUCCCGAGAAGUAAAUUUUCUGAACAUGAGGCUCGAGAGAGUUCCGUUGAAGCAGUCAACUAUUGAAGCUUUCAUAUUUGAAAAGGUUGAGUAAUGAUUAAUUCUGAG